CUCCCAGAAAAAAAGCAUCUGCAGCCUCAUUCCUAGGCAACCAACUGCCGCACAACGAAACAAUUCGGCCGGCCUACACAACCACGACUCCAACUCAAUUAGUUACUCGAGGGCAAGGACUUCCACUCGAGACCUAACUGACGCAAGAUAACGAGGCAUGCGGGAUAUGUUUCUGCACAUCCUCGCGUAACACAUCUAUCAGUCCAUGAGAAUAGCCAGACGCCCAGUCUCGAUCUGAAUUCCAACCCCCGCCGACAGAGUAGAGACCCGAGAGCCUUGACCAUCAGGCGCUACCAUUCCCAUGCGACCCUUCACCCCAAUUUCCAGACAUCGGUCUGGUCCGCCGCCGAGAACAGCAACGCCAGUAAAAAGCAUUCUGCGGCAAACGUCUACAGUCCUUGGCCGAAGGAAAGCCGAUGAACUUGACUUUGAUGCAGCCGACCCCCCUUCUAGCCCGACUAAGAGGCGGAAAGUCCUCAUCAACGAAAUGAACAACCGCGUCUUCGAGUUUGGCGGCGGCGAUUCCAUGGACGAGGUGAACUCGGAAGUCCGGAAAGCGCUGGAAGAGCACCUGAUGGGGGAGGAUGAAGAUUACGACGUCCUCAAGGAGAAAUUCACCAACGACAAGCGGCGAUACUUGCCGCCCGUCGCCGGAGAGGAGGAGGACACCCUCAAACCCCAUGAACUGAAAGGCUACGUGCUGGCACUGACCAGCUGCGUCCCGCUUUUAAAGAACAAGGCCUGCAAUGGCCUCGUGAGGGAAGUGCUGCAGGUCUCAUGGUUGGGCCGAGACGAGGAUUUCUUCAAAGUUUACAUCCAAUUUCUGGCCGCCCUGGUUAGCGCACAGGGAUCCUACCUGACGCAUGUGCUCUCUAUGAUCGUCGAGAAGUUCUCCCAGUCCAGGCAGUCUGAAUGGAGCGUCAGCGACUUCCCUCCUGUCAACCGUGUAACGAUGCGUGAGCGGCUGCACACCGGCCUGCAAUACAUCCUCCAAAUGUUCCCAGCCGCCACCCCAGUUCUCCGCAAUCUCCUCGAUACCAAGUUCCCCUUCGACGACGACCCUAAGAGAAUGUUUGUCGCCUACGUCAAUAAUCUUUUGAGGCUGAAAGAAUACGCGGGGGAGCUGGAUCUCGACAUUAUCGAUGUUCUGCUGUCGCGGCUGGUCAAGAUCGACGUGCAGAUGCAGACGGACCUUGACGACCUUGAUGAUGAUCUGACGGCAUCCGUUGCCUACGCGCUUGGAAAGUCCUUGGGCACCGGCUCGUGGGAGGGCGAUGAAGAUGCCGUGGACAAGGACAGCGACGAAGAGUCGGUCGAAAGCGAUGAUUCGGAUUUCGACGAUCAGGAAGAGAAGAUCCGCAUUGUUAAGGGCAACGUGGAAAAGCUGGACGCCAUUCUUGAUACAUUAUUCGACCACUAUACCCCGCUAUUCGAGAACCCCGACUCGGACAAGGCGUGGGAGCAAUACGCUUUGCUUGUGCAGUCUUUUGGAAAGAUCGUGCUGCCGACCUACAAGUCUCGUCAUACCCAAUUCCUGCUCUUCCACUUCGGCCAGAUGUCAGCCCGGCUGCGAGAUACCUUCGUCGGCAGUUUGAUGCACAUCUUUGGCUCGCAAAACCGGCCAAGCUUUGUUCGACAGGCAGCGGCGACCUACCUGGCUGGGUUCAUGGCGCGAGGCGCUCAUGUUCCGUCUGACCUGGUGCGGACCGUCUUUGCUCUUCUGCUCAAGCAGAUGCAGAUCUACCGCGUCAAGCACGAUCCCGACGCCAGAGGACCGGAUUUACGAAGGCACCAGAUCUACUAUGCUCAGGUUCAAGCCGCACUCUACAUGUUCUGCUUCCGCUGGCGCGACCUGAUUGUGUCUGCGCCCGAAUUCGUGGACCGCGACGACCCUGCGUCAUACCUGGGCCACGAGCUGGAGUGGAUGCAAGGGAUGAGAGAAGAAUUAUCGGCCAGCGUAUACUGCAAGAUGAACCCUCUCAAGAUCUGCGCACCCGCAAUCGUCGAGGAGUUUGCGACACUAGCGCACAAGCUUGGCCUAAUGUACAUCUUUCCUCGCGUGGAAGAAAACAAGCGGAUUAGACUGUCCCAGUUUGUGUCAGAUACAUAUGGUACAGGCGGUGCCCUCAGAGAUACAGGCUCUGGAGCCCAGGAUGAGGAGGCAUACCAGCUCGAUCCCUACUUCCCCUUCGAUCCCUACCAGCUGCCCGUGAGCAAGCGGUGGGUUCAGGAAGACUAUGUACACUACCAGGCUGUUCCAGGCCUCAACAUGACAGCGGAUAGCGACAGCGACGAGGACGACGAGGACAACAUCCCGGAGACGGAUGUCGAGGAAGACACCGCCACCGCCAGCGAGGACGAGGACGACGAAUGAAGGGUGGCAAUGGAGGAGGAACGGGUCAAAAUGCAUUAUCACGGCGUUGGACGGUCACCAAAAAAAAAAAGCGAAACCUGGGCCAAUUUGGCAUUGAGGAUAUGAUUCCCGCGAGGCGUUGGGCGUGACAAAGAAAAAAUUCAGAGCUAUGUUGGAAGGACGAAAUAUGAAAGUGGCGAUCAUGUCGAAGAAGCAACGUCCUAGUUCAGCCCCUUUCCCGAGGCUUUGAGAAGAUGUCACGAAAUAGCUGUCGUCGUAGCGAGGACGACCGUAUCUCGCAUUGCAGUAUGAAGAAACAAGGUCAUUCCUAACAGUUAUGUAUGCCCCGACGCGACGCGCGUUAGCGUUAUUCAGCCGAGCCUCGAUUCCGUGCUUGUCAAUAUUAUGCCGGUGGCAGCUCUCUUUUAAAAUAUCUGAAUAGAGACGGAAUGGAUGGAU